GCAGCCCCCUUGCAGUCUCUCCCUAUACCAUGCGCUUGAGACAGAUUUGACCCGCAACUCGGCGUUUCCCCUCGAACAGCGAUCCAAGACCACAUACCGCGAGGUUUACCUCUGUUAGCGAUUCCCAACGAGCGUUUGCGGGUUCAAUCUCGGUCAGCACAAUCGUUCCAAUUUUUGGGCCAACGUCGAGGUGAUCAGCAGCGCCAGGAGCUUGGUUGCCCACGGACGCAUGAAAGGUCAACCGACCACGAUAUCCUCGGCCAUGGCCGGCAGCGGCGGGAAACAGAAGGCCGGACAUUCAAACCCGAACGGCACCCAGGUGACAAAACCGCCGACGCCGCUUAGCUCGCUGAUAAGUUCUCCGCUCGACCUCUCCUCGGUUGAGCGACGCGGUCAGCCCAAUGCGUGCCCAGAACCGGUGACGAAGAAGAACCGACCCCAUGGUCUUCAAGAAGCACCAACAUAUCGUCCCACAGAGGAAGAGUGGAAGGAGCCGUUCGAGUAUAUCAGGAAGAUAUCGCCCGAGGCACGACGAUACGGCCUUUGCAAGAUCAUCCCCCCAGAAUCGUGGAACCCUGACUUCGCCAUUGAUACGGAGAGGUUCCAUUUCCGGACACGCAAACAGGAGUUAAACUCUGUUGAAGGCAGCACCCGCGCGAAUCUCACGUAUCUCGAUGGUCUCGCAAAGUUCCAUAAACAGCAAGGAACGAACCUCACGCGAUUCCCAUAUGUCGAUAAGAAGCCCCUCGAUCUUUACCGGCUGAAGAAGGCCGUUGAGUCCCGAGGCGGCUUUGAAAAGGUCUGCAAGUUGAAGAAAUGGGCAGAAAUUGGUCGUGACUUGGGCUACAGCGGGAAGAUAAUGUCAUCCUUGUCCACGUCAUUGAAGAAUUCCUACCAGAAAUGGCUCUGCCCGUACGAGGAGUAUCUGCGGAUUGCCAAACCUGGCGUUCAUCAGCAGCUCGAACUCGAGUACGGUGGACCUCUGACGCCAAGUCCCGCUCCGAGCCCGAUGAAGCGAUCCAACGUGCCUACACCCACGAGCUUCCGCGCACACUCGCCAGCAAAACAUGCGACAGACGCACUACAAGCGUCAAUGGACGGUCGUGCAAAAGACUCUGAACGGGAUACGUCGAUGUCGGACACACCCGCUUCCAGCACCCCACAGGCAGCGUCUUGCUCAGUAGCGACGCCUUCGGGUGGCUUUACAGCGGUCAACCAGGGAUUCACUAGCGCUAACCGUCCGAUCAAUACGGCUUCGGACGGGAAGGGCUUUGCUACCCCCAGCAAACACAACGGCACGCCCACCCCGUCCACUAAAGACACGCCGGAGGAUCGUCCGUCGGCAUUGGGCCCUUCCGGCCCCAAGCGAAAACUGAGUUGUGAUAGCCUGGACUCGGGCAAGAAGGAAUCAGCCGACAAAGAGGAAGACGAAUCCGGGAGCCGCCGAAGUAAGCGGCUCAAGAAAGAUGCGGUCCCUACUGUAGCCGGUUCUCAUAUGUCUCUCUUCCGCUCAGCCGCGCCUAGGAUAUCUCGGGAUGAAACAGCAGUUCCUGGAGAGAGAUGCGAGCAAUGCGGCAAAGGCAAGGUGGAGGGCAGCUUCAUCCUUGUUUGCGAGUCCUGCGACCACCGUUAUCAUAGCACAUGCCUCGAUCCGCCAAUCCGAGUCAAACCGGAGAACGAGUGGAAUUGUCCGCGGUGUCUGGUCGGCGACGGACAGUUCGGCUUUGAGGAAGGCGGACUGUACUCGCUGAAGCAAUUCCAGGAGAAGGCCGCCGACUUCAAACAGACCUACUUUGCGGACAAGAUACCGUUUGAUCCCGUACUCAAGUGUCAUCGGCCAGUAACGGAAGACGAUGUGGAGCAUGAGUUUUGGCGUCUGGUUGCCAACUUGGAGGAGACCGUGGAGGUAGAGUAUGGCGCUGACAUUCACUGUACCACCCACGGCUCCGGAUUUCCCACCAUCGAGAAAUAUCCCGACAACCCGUAUUCGACCGAUCCGUGGAAUCUCAAUUUGCUCCCGCUCCACCCCGAAAGCUUGUUCCGCCACAUCAAGACGGAUAUCUCCGGUAUGACAGUCCCGUGGGUUUACGUUGGGAUGACCUUCUCAACAUUCUGCUGGCAUAACGAGGACCACUACGCGUACUCGGCGAACUACCAGCACUUCGGCGCAACCAAGACUUGGUAUGGAAUUCCCGGCGAGGAUGCUGAGAAGUUCGAGGCCGCAAUGCGGGCGGCGGUUCCGGAGUUGUUCGAGACGCAACCUGAUCUUUUGUUCCAGCUCGUCACCCUCCUCACCCCCGAGCAGUUGAAGAAGGCUGGCGUGCGUGUGUACGCGCUGGACCAGCGGGCAGGCCAGUUUGUCAUCACCUUCCCGCAGGCAUACCAUGCCGGUUUUAACCACGGCUUUAACUUCAACGAGGCCGUCAACUUUGCUCCUUGCGACUGGGAACCGUUCGGGCUUGCGGGUGUUGAGAGGCUCCAACAGUUUCGCCGGCAACCCUGCUUCUCCCAUGACGAGCUAUUGUGGACCGCCGCGGAAGGCGUCACAAGCGGCGGGCUGACCAUCCCAACAGCCAAGUGGCUGGCGCCUGCGUUGGACAGGAUCCAUCAGCGGGAACUUGCGGAUAGGCGUGAGUUCGUCGGAAAGCACAAUUUCAUCAAGAAGCACCUGGAAUCAAAACCUCCGGCGCAGCAGCACCGAUGCAUUCUCGGUGGAGAGGAAACUGGCGAAUGCCCCAUGAGAUUCAAGAUCGACGAUGCCGAGGUCUUAGAAGACGACUACGGCUGCUUUUAUUGCAAGGCCUUUACAUACCUUUCAAGGUUCAUCUGCCUCAAGACCGGCAAGGUCCUCUGUCUCCAGCAUGCCGGGAACCAUCCAUGCUGUGAUCUGCAAGAGUCAGAUCGGUAUCUGGGGAAAGAGCAUGCACUCUACUACCGCAAAUCGGAGGAUGACAUGGCUUCCACUUUCAAGAAGGUGGCGGACAAGGCUCAUGUGCCGGAAGCGUGGGAAGAGAAGUACGAGAACCUCCUCAAGGAGGAGGCAAUGCCGUCACUCAAGGCACUACGAAACCUUCUCAGCGAAGGCGAAAAGAUACCGUACGAACUACCUUCACUGCCAGUCCUCAGGAAAUUUGUCGACCGCUGCAAUCACUGGGUGGAAGAAGCUACCAACUACACGGUCCGAAAACAGCAAAAUCGCCGCAAGAACGACAGGCUAUGGCAGGCCGGGGCUCGUAAGUCCGUCGGAAACGCACAACAUGAGCAGAAGGAACGGGAGACGCGUAACGUUGAGAAUAUCUACCGCCUGCUCGAAGAUGCCAAGCGAAUAGGUUUCGAUUGCCCAGAAAUCGCGCAGUUACAGGAGCGCGCCGACGCCAUCACGACGUUCCAGCAAGACGCCAGGCAGCUGCUCAGCAAGAGGCAGUCCCAUUCCAUCGGCGCAGUUGAGAAACUACUGGAGGAAGGGCAGAGUUUCAACAUCGAUAUUCCCGAGGUCGAGGAGCUAUCGCGCCUGCUGGAGCAGCUGCAGUGGAACGAGAAGGCUAGCAGCAGUCGAAGCACGUUGAUGACAUUGCAGAAUGUCAGGGAGCUUAUUGACGAGGGCCGGCGACUCAACGUGCCAGUCUACAACGACCAUCUCGCGUUCUACAUGGAGCAGUUGGCAGCUGGCCACAUGUGGGACAAGAAGGUGCAGGAGAUCAUCAAUGCAGACUCCAUACACUACCCGCAGCUCCAGGCGCUGGCCGAUCAGGUGCAAACCCAGAACUUGCCGGUCUCACCGGAAACAAUGGCCGCUGUGGAUCAAAUCCUUCACAAGCAGCGCGAAGCACAUCGACAGAUUAUGGACUUGAACAGCCGUUCCCAGAACCCCGACUACAGGAAGAGGCCGAAAUACACGGAAGUCGCCGAGGUUAUGAAGAAGAUCGAGGAGCUUCAGGCCAAGCCCACGGGUACUCACGAGCUCGAGAAGGAGCAAAAGCGGCACGAAGACUGGAUGCGCAAAGGCAAAAAGCUCUUCGGAAAGACAAAUGCUCCGCUGCAUAUCCUCAAGAGCCAUAUGGAAUAUGUGCUCGACCGUAACGUGGACUGCUUCGACAUCGUCCAUGACAAGCCCCGGUUGCCCGCAGAGCCUGCAUCGAGGGAGCCAAGCCCGGACAGAGAUAAAGUCAGUCGCUGGGAGGACCCAAAAUUCAGGGAGGUCUUUUGUAUUUGCCGGCGCACCGAGGCGGGUAUGAUGAUCGAGUGCGAGCUGUGCCAUGAGUGGUAUCACGGCAAAUGCCUCAAGAUUGCUCGCGGCAAGGUUAAAGAGGACGACAAGUACACAUGCCCAAUAUGCGACUGGCGAGUCAAGAUCCCUCGCGAUGCCGCGCGGCCGAAGUUGGAAGACCUCAUUGCGUGGCAGGAGGAAAUCCCAAACCUGCCGUUCCAGCCGGAAGAGGAGGAGGUGCUGAAAAAGAUCAUCGACAACGCCACGGAGUUCCGCAACCACAUCGCGUCGUACUGCAAUCCGAUACUUGCCACGGCUUCCGAAGCUGAGACGCAGCGAUUUUACCUCCGCAAGAUUGAGGGCGCGGAAAUUCUCUUGGCGUACGAGACCAACUUCUUCCGCCAGGAACUGCACAAGUGGGCCCCGGUCGCCCCUGAACCGCCCCCUGUUAUGGAGAUGUCCAAGAGCACCCGAAAGCCGCGGCCCACCAAGCUGCAGAAAAUUCUGGCCCAGUAUGGAGUCGACGAUCCCGACGACCUUCCAGAGAGCGUGAAGGGCAAAGCCAACAGUUUGAAGCGCAAACAGUUGAAUGCGGAGGCCGCCGCUGCUGCGGCCGCGGGCACCGCCUCCGGCUCAAUUGUGAUGGUGACCAGCCCAGCAUACGGACAAGCGCCCCGUUCGAUCUUCUCACGCAACUCUUCUGCACAACCCACGACGCCGGGCCUCUCAAAUAGUGUCCACGCCCACCCUACAAGCAGAGCUGACACCUCUUCACACGACCAUCAACAGGGCCGGCCUGGAUCGGGUUCUGUCCUACGAAACGAUGGCAUGGACAUUGAUGCUUCGGCGCACGCGCCGCUCUUCCUUCGUGAGGUGGUCGGAGCGGGUCCUCAGUUGAUGGUUGGCAGUGAGUCGACGCACGACCUCGAGGAGCGCCUCCUUCGGGGUACGUUUGGCGAUGACGAGCUAAACGCCCAUCUCUCGACCGAGACCGGCAAGGCCAGGGUGCUGGAGAUUCUGUCGCGCACUGACACGGGGCGGCGUCGCGCCGAAGAGAUCUUCGGGCCCGGGGUCUGGGGCGAUAGAAACCGGGAUGGCGCCAGCGCCGGCGCGAGGGACAAUGAUCCUAUCGGAAUCGGUGUUGGGAACGAUGGGGAUGAUAGCAUGUUCGUGGACCUUGUGAACCAGGAUGACGAAGAGGAUAAGAAGGCGGUUGUCGACCAUCAUCACGCAUCAAAUGCGGCUGAAAUUUUGGAGGAUCGUGGCGAGGCGGCGUCCUGGAUGGAUGCAAGGAAGGAAUCCUAGUGGGAUGACUUCGACGCCCGCGUGUUGCAUGAUACGGAGGUCUAGUAUUGUUGGCAAUGGGCCGGGUCGGCUGGACUGGGCGUUCUCUGCGGUGCAUGGUAGGUUGGGUGGAACGGGCCCUACAUGGCAUUGCUCUCAGCUUGAAUUUGCUGGCGUUGGACUCGCUGCCC